UUUCGAUGAUUUUGAUGAUAAACAAUAACAAUGGAAAAGUAAUUACAGUUUAUCUCCCUAGUAGCUAUUCUUUCAAGAUAUGACCUGAUAAAAUAUUUUCGUCCAUGAUGAGUGACUUCAUUGUGGCUAAUUCGAAUGAAAUAGUGAUUUUAAAUGAAUAAAUUCAGAUAACUUAUAAUAUAUAUUCCAUAUGGAAAUGGAUAGAGUCAAUUUGUUUUCUGAUCAAGUUUACUUGAGUGUAGAUUGUGAAGGGGAUGAUAACACAUAUACCACGAAACCCAGAAUUUUGAAAUCUGAAGACUUGCCUGGCAGAAUUUAUACUUUACGGUUUCGUAACAAUCUGAAAGAAAAAUUAGAUGAUCAGCAUGAACUACAGUUUCAAAUGCAGAAUCAAAAUGGGGAUAAUAUUGACGGUGCACAAAAUAUCAUUGAGCACCAUGCUGAUCGGAUCGUUUCAAAAAUGGAAGAAGAUCCAGAUUUGAUGGAAAACAAUUUGGAAUCUGAGAAACUGAGGAAGAAUGUACUUAAACAUAUGCCUCAAAGCUUAACAUUGAAAAGGAGCAUAAAAAGAAAGUUGACAAAAUCCGUAAAUAGAAAACAAAAAGGUCAUCCUAUAAGUAGUUUCAAAAGACUGCAAUAUAGAUUGACCAUGAAGUAUUAUCAGAUGAAAACUAAACUUCAGGAUACAAUUGAUUCAUAUGAACUAUGGUAUUCCUCCCUGAAAACUAUUGAAGGUCAUUUCGGAUCUGCGACCUCAUCUUACUUCAGAUUCCUAAGAUGGCUGUUCCUUAUAAACUUAUUUGUUAUGGCUGUGACCCUUUUAUUCAUUGUUGUGCCUCAGUUAACUUUCAGAAGUAGCUCAAAUAUACUUCGUCAAGAAAAAUUCAAAUUGGUGGAUAUUCUAACUGGAGAGGGAUUCCUUACUGAUACUUUGCUUUAUUAUGGGUUCUAUUCGAAUGAGACUGUGAAUAUUUAUGGUUUUUCCUAUAAUAUGCCUUACGCUUUUUUCUACACCAUGUUGUUUCUUUAUGUUUUCACUUUUUUGGUUUUGAGUUAUGGUGUCGCCAAUUCUUAUCGAAAGAGCUUCAUAGAAACUGAAGGAGGAUUGCGAAAUGUAUUUGCUCAUAAAAUUUUUUGUGGAUGGGAUUUUGGUAUAGCUACUAGGGAAGCUGCCGAUUUGAAAUCUACUGCCAUUUACAACGAAUUGAAGGAGUUUCUUAGUGAAAUUGAUUUAGAAUGUGAAGAAAUCAGUUUGUUGAGAAGAAUCAAAAGAAAGUUUAUCCUUUUGACUUCCAAUGUAAUAAUAUUAGUGCUUUAUACAUCGAUUGGUGUAUUUUUAUGGUUCAUAUUGCAAAAGCACACUGAACAGAAAAUUGGACCUGUAGUUAUAGCUGUUACUGCCAAUGUCUUCAAUGUUAUCAUACCUAUAUUGUUAACCAAAAUAUCGAGAUAUGAAAAUUAUAGAAGUCAGAAAAAUGCCAUUGGUAUAACAUUGAUCAGAUCUUUCAUUUUGGGUUGUGUCAUUGUAGGUACACUGGUUACAUUUUGGUUAAUUCAUUCCUUUAGCCAGGAAUGCUGGGAAACCUCAUUGGGACAAGAAAUGUAUAGGCUAAUUCUUUAUGAUUUCCUCUUCUGUUUGCUGAUUCAUGUGAUAGAUCUCAUUCAUCGUUUUAUGAGUCGGAUGAAAUUUUGCGAAAUAUCACCCUCAUACGAGUUUGAUAUAGCUAGUAAUACUUUAGAUCUCAUAUACAGCCAGUCACUGUUUUGGAUGGGUUUCUUCUUUUCCCCUCUUCUAUCGAUAAUUGUGACUAUAAGGAUGUUCCUUACAUGGCAUUUAAAGAAAUUUUACGUACUUAAAUUGUGUAAACCUUCAACUAAGGCGUGGAGAGCUUACCAGACGCAAACGUGGUUCCUAACUCUAACGUUUUUGACUCACUUGGCUACAGGAGGUUCGAUAUUAUUCAUUCUGCUCAAGAUUCCAGCAACCAACUGUGGCCCAUUUCAAGGUCACGAUUAUAUAUACCAAGUAAUACUUCUACAAUUCGACAAUGCAACAUUCAUCCCUUUCAGGCUUGUUGCAUACUUGAUAAAACCAGGUGUAAUUUCAUUGAUCAUCAUCGCUUUAUGUGCUCGAGUGUACUAUGUCAGAGAAAAAGCGAACGCUCAAAGAGAUAUGGUCAAAAUUUUGAGGAAUAUGCUGGUUUGGGAAGCCAAAGACAAGAAAUUUUUAUUACAGAGCAUUGCGAACGUUACGAAAGAAGAAUAUCAAUAUGAGCAAGAGUUCCGUCAUGAGGAUCCCUACACAACCAUGCCAAGAAUCGAAAGAUUUCAAUAUUCCCAAUCUGCAGACCCUUCUACAUCCACAGAUGAGUUGAUUACUUCCUCCAAGUUUGGCUGUUAGUUAUUAUAGUUAAAGGUGCUACAAAGAUAUACUCGCUUAUUUUUAUAUAAAAGUUUCUGUACGAAGACGAUAGUGUAGUGAUGAUAUAUUAUUUUUUGCAAUAAAUUAAUUCGCUUGAAAA